AUGUCAGCCAUAAUCGAUGACUUUCUAUAUUUGGGCUCACUCGCAGAUGCAUGUACACCGGAACUCUUAAACAAACUACAAAUAACUCAUCUAGUUAAUUUAAGUAUAACUCGAAUUAUUCCUGAUGAAUCUUUUGAAUUACUUCAUAUACCACUGCGAGAUACACUCGAUGAAAAUAUCAUGAUAUAUUUUCAGCAAGUCAAUCAAUUUAUUGAAAAAUGCCGUCAGCGAAAAGACGGACGGUGCUUGAUUUUCUGUAAACAUGGAAGAUCAAGAUCAGCUGCAAUUGCGAUUGCAUAUUUAAUUGCACAUCAUGGCCAUUCACUUUCAUCUGCAUAUAUAUAUUUAUCGAAAAUUCGUUCAAGUAUAUCGCCUAAUCGAAAUUAUUUGAAGCAGUUAGAUAAAUAUUCUUCUCAAUGCGAACAAGUUCAUUGUCCAUCCUUUUAUUGA